AUGAAUUUCAGCUUUUUUCAAGGGCGUUUGGUUAAUCAUCACGACCAUGAUUCACCAAACUAUCAAUUCCUAGGAGUUUGUUGGGAGCGUCCACGGACUUAUUUGACCACUCCUCUUGGAAUUCUCUUCUUUGGUCAGUUCUUGUCUUGCAUUAUGGACUUCUUGCAAACAUCUGAAGGCCGAUUAUUUGUGGGUGUUGCUGUUGGCCUUGUUGCUGUUGGUGCUUCUGCAUAUUUCAUUUUUUCCUCCAAGAAACCCAAAGUGUGCCUGGAUCCCGAGAAUUUUAAAGAGUUUAAGCUUGUGAAGAAAACACAGCUCAGCCAUAAUGUGGCAAAAUUCAGAUUUGAACUUCCUACACCCACAUCUGUGUUGGGACUUCCUAUUGGACAGCACAUUAGUUGCAGGGGUAAAGAUAGUCAAGGUGAAGAGGUCAUUAAACCAUACACUCCAACUACCUUGGACUCUGAUGUUGGAUACUUUGAGUUAGUUAUAAAGAUGUAUCCACAAGGAAGAAUGUCCCAUCAUUUCCGAGAAAUGCGCGUAGGUGACCAUCUGGCUGUAAAGGGACCAAAGGGUCGCUUUAAGUAUCAACCUGGCCAAGUGAGAGCAUUUGGAAUGCUUGCUGGAGGCUCUGGCAUUACGCCAAUGUUCCAGGUUGCUAGAGCUAUUCUUGAAAGCCCAAUUGACAAAACAAUGGUGCAUCUGAUAUACGCUAAUGUUACAUUUGAAGACAUUCUUCUAAAGGAAGAAUUGGAUAGCCUUGCUACUAAUUACCCUGGUCAAUUUAAGAUUUACUAUGUACUGAAUCAGCCUCCUGAGGUGUGGAAUGGUGGUGUCGGGUUCGUAUCCAAGGAAAUGAUUCAAGCUCACUGCCCUGCACCAGCAUCUGAUAUUCAGAUACUGAGAUGUGGGCCACCUCCUAUGAACAAGGCCAUGGCUGCUCAUUUAGAAGCUCUUGGAUAUACCUCGGAGAUGCAAUUCCAAUUUUAA